UCACAAUCCCAGAGAUAGUGGGAGUGUUCACCAGUUAGAAGCCUCUGCUACAGUCAGACUCACUGUCCUGUUCAAACCGAGUCCCUCUGAUCCACCAUGAAGCUGCAUAUGAUCGUCCCGCUGUGUGCUCUGUUCGCCCUCACCCAACAGGCACCUUCAAGUGAGUGUUCAUGUGAGUUGACUACUUCAGAGAAGUUAUUCCCUCAUGACAAACUCAAAGCGGUGGAGGACAGUGCAUCGAAAUGCAACAGCGACGUCAACCCAAAGAAGGUCUUCGAACUGGACAGUCUGCUGCUGGGUCUGGAGCGGCGUCUGCCCCAGCUGCAGGACGACGUGUCCAUACUGGAGAGGGAGGACGAUGGACAGCUCUACGGGGUGAUCAGCCUGCAGGUGAUCGAGAACGAGCUGAUGCAGAUCAACCAGCUUGUCGACAGGCUCAAGCGCAUCACCCUGGGACACCAGCGUUUGGCUGCCAACACCACUAAACAGUUGGAGGACCUGAAAGCAGAGAUGGAGGAGUUGGAGGCGUACGACACCAUGCAGGUGGUGAACACACAACAAUCCAACCAGCGUCUGAAGAGAGACCUGGAACAGUGCAAGACUGGACUCUACCCCACCAUUGAACCCAGUCAGCCUCCACGUGGUAACUGCCCCUACGGUCAAUUUCUGAACAUUUCCGGACCGAGGGUGAACACGGCAGGAGAGUCCGGCUCCUACAAGUAUGGAGCCUGGGGUCGGGAUCCCAAACCAGAGGCAGGGAAGGAGAGCUGGUAUUGGCUGGUAAUGUUGACCUCCAGCAACAGAUUCUCCAACUAUGUGCGUCGCUACACCAGCCUGAGCUCUCUCAUUGUUGGAGUGAGCACCCCAGGUAACGUCCUGAUCCACUCCUCUAACCCAACUACCAACACCGUCCAGGGUCCAAAUGUUGUGCUGUAUGGAGAGGCCUUGUACUACAACUGUUACAACCUAGAUACUGUUUGUCGAUUUAACCUCACCACCAAAACUGUUACGAAUUUCCAACUACCCAAAGGCACCAGGUUUAACUCAAAGGGUAACUUCUGCCACCUGGAUGAAUGCUACCCGUUCACCGACCUGGACCUGGCGACAGAUGAGUCAGGUGUCUGGGUGAUCUAUACCACCAACCAAAACUUUGGCAACCUGGUGCUGUCGAAGGUUGAGGAGGGGGACCCAAUGAGACUCGGCCAAACCUGGAGCACCUCGGUCUACAAGCAGGGGGUGACUAACACCUUCAUGGCCUGUGGCGUGCUCUAUGCGACACGAUACGUCACCAAAGAAGCAGAGGAGAUCUUCUACUCGUUUGACACCACAACAGGGGAGGAAAGGUUCAAUGUUGGCAUCUUCAUCAACAAGAUGUCUCCCAACAUUCAAGCCCUGAACUACAGCCCUGUGGACCAGAUGCUAUACGCCUACUGUGACUCCUCCAUGGUCUCCUAUAAGGUUCUGUUUGGGUAAAUGGAUAAUACUGACACGUUUUCCAUUAAAAAGUUUGUAUCUAAAUAAUAGCUGCAGUAAUAGUGACCAGCAUGACAAAUAAAGGGUGAUUCAUUAAAUCACAUUAUUCUUUGCCUUAACUAGGGUGCUUCCGCAUUGCGUUUAAAAUCGUAUUUCCUUUUUAGAGCCGAAAUGCAACUACAUUUACUUGGUGUGGCCAGCUUUACUUGCCCAAAAAAGGUUUUUAGGCUUUGACAAACUGUUUCCUUUCCCAAUAUAUCAUCCAAUGUAUAUAUACCCAAUAUAUCAUCAGCUAGCUAGCUAGCAGACAGACAGACAUGUUGGUUUAAUUCACUCUCAAGAUGCAAUAACAAUAUACAUUUAAACUAUCUGUGUGGACCAUUGUUUACCCUUCAGGCAGUAAGAGUAUUAAAAAGACACUUUCAACAUGUGGUUUUGUAUGCCAAUGCCGAGCAGCAGGUGUAUUUAAUGUAGUAAUUAAAAAUAUCUUCACAUGUGA